GAAGACCCCUCUCGCUUGCCGUAGGAGUGUGAGUGAAGAUGGCGGCGGUUUGUGUUGGGAAGGUCAGCGUGCGGCUUUUCCGAGCCGCGGCUCCGCUCUGCGCUCCCCGGAGCGGCGCGGGGAGGACCUACGGGACCGGGCCGGCCGGGCUCCGGGCGAGACUCCCGCGCGGGGCGCUGGGCUGUGCGCUCGCGCUGGGCGGCGGUCUCGGGCUGUACCGCGCGCUGAACUCCUCCUCCCCCCCCGCACUUCAGAGCCUCCGGGCCGAACCGCCGGCACCGGAUAUCGGAGCAGAUCUGAAGCUGACACUCUAUCAGUACAAGACCUGCCCAUUCUGCAGCAAAGUUAGAGCGUUCUUAGACUACCACCGCAUCCCGUAUGAAAUUGUGGAAGUUAACCCAGUUAUGCGACAAGAAAUUAAGUGGUCUACUUACAGAAAAGUUCCCAUCCUGAUGGUGAACGGAACUACACAACUUAAUGACUCAUCUGUCAUCAUUAGUGCUUUGAUGACCUACCUAACCAGCAAAGAGAAGACAAUUCCUCAGAUUCUCUCCUGUUACCCAGAAAUGAUUGCAAAAAAUGACAGUGGGAAAGAGGUCAUUGAGUUUGGCAACAAGUACUGGGUGAUGGUGAAUGAUGCAUAUUGUGACCAGCUGUAUCCAAAAAAGGACUCCAGAAAAGAGGAAAUCAAAUGGCGUAAAUGGGCAGAUGAUUGGCUUGUGCACCUAAUUUCUCCUAAUGUCUACCGCACGCCAGGGGAGGCUCUGGCUUCAUUCGACUACAUAGUCCGGGAAGGGAAGUUUGGCACGUUCGAGGGCUUCUUCGCAAAGUAUGUUGGAGCAGCUGCCAUGUGGAUCAUCUCAAAAAGGCUAAAAAAUAAACACAAUCUGCAGGAUGAUGUGAGACAGGACCUCUACAAGGCUGUAAAUGAUUGGGUUGCUGCUGUUGGAAAGAACAACAAAUUCAUGGGAGGAGAGAGUCCUAACCUUGCAGAUCUGGCCGUGUUUGGUGUUCUAAGGGUUAUGGAAGGUCUUGAGGCUUUCAACGACAUGAUGGAGAACACCAAAAUUAAGCACUGGUACCGACGUAUGGAGAAAUGUGUACAUCAUAAUCCCAGUCAUGCAGAAUAAAAUACUUCAGGUGUUUCUGUCAAAGAAGUGCAAAUUUAAACUGCUAGCAAACUGCUGAUGUCUGAUUUGCAUUAUAAUUUAAUGUACAUUGCUUUAAAUUGAACGGUUUCUCUUGGAUUAAAUUGUUUUUGUUAUUAUUUUCAUAACAACAAUCAUUUGGCUCUUAUUGUCUCUUGUGUUUAUUUAACAUUAUCAUGUCUGUAAUGUAAAAAGUUGCAGAUGCCAGUCCUGUAAAUUGUUACUGGCCCAACUCAAACAAAAUAGACACAAUAUUGCACUUGGUCUUGAUUUGCUUAUUGAGGAAAAUGUGAUCCAAUAGUACGUCAGUGUAAAAAAAAUGUGAUCUCAUGCAGCAAUAACUGCAACUAAGCAUUUCGGGCAACUUGAAUAGUCGUGCACAUGUGGAAUAUAAACCUAUUUGUUGGUAGGUUCCCUCCCAUCAGUCUUUUGCUUCAGGUACUUCCACAACAUGUUUAUUGGAUUAAAGUCAGGACUUUGACCUGGCCAUUUUAAAACAAUAACUUUAUUGUCUUAAACCAUUCUGUGGUAGAGCGACUUCUGUGAUUAGGGUCAUUGUGUUGUUGCUUGACCCACCUUUUCUUAAGGUUGAGCUAACAGACAGAUUUACUGAAUUUGUUGGUAUAAUUUAGAAUGUAUUGUAUAAUCAAUGCCAUCUUAGACCCAGAUGCAGCAAAAAAAAAAAAAACAUUACCACUACUGUGUUUCACAGUUAAGGUGUAGUGUUUUCCUUUCUCCAAAUAAAGCACUUCUCAUUUAAA